AUGAACGACGAUGCGGCCAUUCAAGACAUCUAUCGCAAGAUCGAGAGGGAGAAAGCGCUCUUGCAGGGCUACAAUCGCAUGCGGCAGGCCACCAGCAAUGUCGCCGUCAACUCCAAGCUCGAGUCGCAGAUUCGCGAAGCACAGCGAAAUAUGCAAUACUUUGAACAAACCCUGCAGAGUCUCCAGGCGCGGCGAAUGGGCGAUGGCAUGCAGAACCUCUCACUCUCCGGAGGUUCUGCACCGCCCCACCAUGGCAUGCCGGACAAUGGCUUGUCUGGCGGAGGACACAAUAAUCAGUUAGGUCACGGCGGCGGAGGAACUGACUAUGGAAAUCCUGGCCCGGGUGGAUACAGUCAAGGCGCAACAGGCUUGAUGCCUCCAAGGGCUCCAUAUGCACCAUCAGGACCCUCAGAUAGAUCUCCGGCCGCACGGCCAAAUUAUGGCAAACUAGAUCUGAUCAAAUAUGAUACGCCGCAUCUGGGACCUCGUAUCCAACUCAUGCUUUCACAAUUGGAAUUCAAGCUGUCGGUGGAGAAGCAGUACAAAGAUGGAAUCGAAAAGAUGGUCAAGCUGUACCACAUGGAAGGCGAUCGGAAAAGCAAAACCGAGGCUGAGAUGCGAAGGCAAGAAAGUGGACAGAAGAUUCAUCUUCUCACGCAAGCGCUGCGGAGAUACGAGGACCUGCAUGUCAAUAUCGAAAAUGGAGCAGACCCGCAGGAUGACGAUAGUCUUGACACACCAAGCCAGCGGAAACCACUCACUGGUCACCUCUCGAUUCGCAUACAGGCCAUUGCUGAUGUUGACCACGCAUCAUCAUCGCGCUUCAGCCGAGGACCGGACACUUUUGUCAUCAUGAAGGUUGAGGAUGCCUUCAAGGGACGUACAAAAGCGACAAAGACGGAGAGAUGGACGGACGAGGUACACGAGUUUGACGUCGACAAGGCCAAUGAGAUUGAGUUUACAGUGUACGACAAGACCAGCAGCGAUCAUGCCGUGCCGAUUGGUCUUCUCUGGAUCCGGCUUGCCGAUCUCGUGGACGAGAUUCGUCGUAAACGUAUCGAGACCGAGUUCAACCAAGCCGGAUGGAUUACAGCAGACAAGAUGGACGGGCAACAGGCGCGCCCUGACUUGCAGUUUCAAGCCCCGCCCGGUGCGGGGGGCAACCCGAUGGUUUCGACAGCUGCUGCUGCUGGAGGCCCGCCCGGAUCCGGUCUGGCGCCCCAAACAGGUCCCAUUUACAUCGACACUUGGUUCUCACUGGAACCGGUGGGCAAGAUCCAUCUGACGCUGACCUUCAUCAAGCAAGUAAAAGAUCGACGACCAUUCGAUGUCGGUCUUAACCGUAAGGGUGCCGUUCGACAGAAGAAGGAGGAUGUCGUGGAGCAGUACGGUCACAAGUUCGCCACACAGACAUUCUACAACAUCAUGCGUUGUGCGCUCUGUGGUGACUUUCUCAACGUUACAGCUGGUAUGCAAUGUACCGACUGCAAGUAUACUUGUCACAAGAACUGCUAUCCCAAGGUCGUCACCAAGUGUAUCAGCAAGUCGAAUGCGGACUCGGAUCCAGACGAAGUCAAACUCAAUCACCGCGUGCCGCAUCGGUUCAAUGCUUUCUCGAAUAUCAGUGCCAAUUGGUGCUGCCACUGCGGCUAUCUUCUUCCGCUUGGUCGCAAACAGGCCCAGAAGUGUACGGAGUGCAAGCUGACGUGCCACACAAGCUGCAUACAUUUCGUCCCUGACUUUUGUGGUCUCAGCAUGGAGCAGGCCAACUCUUUCUUGCAUGAGAUUCUUACCGCUCGUGGCAAGGCUGGUGGUCGCUUGGAAGGACGGACAUUGCGUCCGAGCCAACAGCAAGCCGGCCUCCGACCGCCUGCUCCAUCGCAGACUGCGAGUUUCGCGCCUGCUCCCGACCAUCAAGAUCAAGUGCUACAGGAUGCUGCUAAGCAAGAUCGUUUCUCAUACGGCAAGCCGGUCGAGCCACAAGACCCUCGCGCACAGGCUUAUGGUCAAGGCCCCGCCACAGUGGCUUCUUCUGUCGAUGCUGCCAAAGCUUCGAUGUCAAGUGGUCGUACGCCCUCGUCCCCUGAGAGCCCUCAGCGGCCACAGGGCGGACGCACCAUGUCAGAAGCAGCGAUGGCUGCGCAAGCGGCUCUCAGCAACGAGACCAAGCGCGCUCAACAAGCACAGCAAGCGCCAUAUGAUCCUGCACGGUACGCCAAUGUCAACUCUUAUGGCGUUCCACCUUAUCAACAGGCUGCCAUCCCGCAACCACAGCAACCACAGCAACUACAGCAACCACAGAAUAUCCCACCUCCUACGCCAGUCAAACAGUAUCAGCCUCAGGCCGCACCACUCUCUCCACCUCAAGCUUUAGUGCAACAACCUCAGCAACCACUCGCCCCGGCUGCAAAUAUAACUGUCACUGGCCCCGUCGUGGAGGAGCGUCGUCCUGCACCACCUCACAACACCGCUGGUCCUGGCCGCCGGAUCGGGUUGGACCACUUCAACUUUCUGGCUGUGCUCGGUAAAGGUAAUUUCGGUAAGGUCAUGCUGGCAGAAACCAAGCAAUCUCGACAACUAUAUGCUAUCAAGGUCCUCAAGAAGGAGUUCAUCAUCGAGAAUGACGAAGUAGAGAGCACACGCUCAGAGAAGCGUGUCUUCCUCAUCGCCAACAAGGAGCGUCAUCCUUUCCUCCUCAAUCUGCACGCCUGUUUCCAAACCGAAACCCGAGUAUACUUCGUCAUGGAAUACAUCAGCGGAGGCGAUCUCAUGCUUCACAUUCAACGCGGCCAUUUCGGCACCAAGCGCGCCCAAUUCUACGCCGCCGAAGUUUGCCUCGCCCUCAAAUACUUCCACGAAAACGGCGUCAUCUACCGCGAUCUCAAACUCGACAACAUCAUGCUGACGCUCGACGGCCACAUCAAAGUCGCCGACUACGGUCUCUGCAAGGAAGACAUGUGGUACGGUAGCACGACCAGCACCUUCUGCGGCACGCCCGAAUUCAUGGCGCCGGAGAUCCUCCUGGACAAGAAAUACGGCCGCGCCGUCGACUGGUGGGCCUUCGGCGUCCUGAUCUACCAGAUGCUCCUGCAGCAAUCGCCCUUCCGCGGCGAAGACGAGGACGAGAUCUACGACGCCAUCCUCGCCGACGAGCCCCUCUACCCGAUCCACAUGCCCCGCGACAGCGUCUCCAUCCUGCAGAAGCUCCUGACCCGCGAACCCGAAGCCCGCCUCGGCUCCGGCCCCACCGACGCCCAGGAGAUCAUGUCCCACGCCUUCUUCCGCAACGUCAACUGGGACGACAUCUACCACAAGCGCGUGCCCGCCCCUUUCAUCCCCACCCUGAAGAGCCGUACCGAUACCAGCAACUUCGACUCCGAAUUCACGAGUGUCACGCCGGUUCUGACGCCCGUCCAGAGCGUCCUGAGCCAGGCCAUGCAGGAGGAAUUCCGCGGUUUCUCGUACUCGGCCGAUUUCGUUUAG